AUGAGCCUCCUGCGGUCCAGCGUUUGCAGAGUAUGUCGCCGCUCGCAGCAAAUUCGCUGGCACAGAGGCCUUGCGACGGCCAGCAAUCAGUCAUAUGAUAACCGGGUUAGGCUCGUCGAGGUUGGGCCUCGAGACGGCCUGCAGAAUGAGAAGAAGGCAAUCUCCUUGGAGACCAAGAUCGAGCUUAUUGAACGAUUAGCCCGAACAGGAGUUUCUACAAUUGAAGCUGGAUCCUUUGUUGCUCCAAAAUGGGUGCCUCAGAUGAGCAACUCCAGCGAAAUAUUGCAGCAUAUCCUCGACGGAAAGGUUUCUUCUCCCGGGCCGAUCUCAUAUUCCUUCCUAGCACCCAAUGGCAAGGGCCUUAAAUCUGCCGUCGAUGUCCUCAAUGCGAAUAGCGGAAAGUUUGCAACACAACUGGAGCCAGCAGCUGGAGCCGAGGCCGCCACUAAGCCAAGUGUUGAAGUCGCCGUGUUUGCUGCUGCCACCGAAAGCUUCACACAGAAGAACCUCAAUUGUGAUAUCAAGACAUCGCUCGAACGCUUCAAGGAGGUGAUCAGGGAUUCCAAGGCUAUUGGUCUCAGGGUGCGCGCCUACAUCUCUGUAGUCCUAGGAUGCCCAUUCGAAGGGUUCGAUGUUGAUCCUCACAAAGUAGCUGAGAUUGCCACAGACCUUCUGGAGGCCGGAGCAGAUGAGAUCUCACUCGGCGACACUACAGGUAUGGGUACGGCACCUCGAACGGGAGCUCUCCUCCAGUGUAUGUCUGCAGCUGGUAUUCGAACCGAGGAUAUUGCUAUGCACUUCCACGAUACAUACGGCCAAGCUCUAGUGAACACUGCUGUAUCCCUAGAGCACGGCAUUCGGACGUUCGAUAGCAGUGUUGGUGGUCUGGGUGGCUGCCCUUACAGCCCUGGCGCCACCGGCAACGUUUCAACGGAAAACAUGGUUUACUUUAUGGAGACUCUGGGCAUGGACACUGGUAUUAAUCUGGAUGCCAUGUCUGACAUUGGGGAAUGGAUUGCAAAGGAGUUGGGCAAGGAGAAUGGCAGUACAACCUUCUCCCAACUUCAUCUCCAAGCUUCGCGAUCGGCUCCUAUAUUCUCUUUUGCCCCAUCCUUCAACCGACCGAUUACCGAUCCAUCGCCCAUCAUGGCGGACCCUCGCGAGUCGUCGUCGUACUCGGUCAUCCCCAGAAUUCGAUACAACACCGUUGGCGGCGUCAACGGUCCCCUCGUCAUCCUCGAUAAUGUUAAAUUUCCGCGAUACAAUGAGAUCGUGACACUCACUCUUCCCGAUGGCACUGAGCGCUCAGGUCAAGUCUUGGAAGCUCGAGGUGAUCGAGCUGUCGUUCAGGUCUUUGAGGGUACUUCCGGCAUUGAUGUCAAGAAGACCAAGGUUCAGUUUACAGGCCAGAGUUUGAAAAUCGGUGUCUCCGAAGACAUGCUUGGUCGUAUCUUCGAUGGUUCCGGUCGAGCUAUUGAUAAGGGUCCCAAGGUGUUGGCUGAAGAUUAUCUUGACAUCAACGGCUCUCCUAUCAACCCUUAUUCUCGUGAAUAUCCCGAGGAGAUGAUCUCCACAGGUAUCUCUGCCAUUGACACCAUGAACUCGAUUGCCCGAGGACAAAAGAUUCCCAUUUUCUCCGCCUCCGGUCUGCCUCACAACGAAAUCGCUGCCCAGAUUUGCCGACAGGCUGGCCUCGUCCAGAAGCAGGGCAUCACUAACAAGGGCGUUCAUGACGGCCACGAGGAGAAUUUCUCGAUUGUCUUCGGUGCUAUGGGUGUUAACUUGGAAACUGCCCGUUUCUUCACACGCGACUUUGAGGAAAACGGCAGUCUGGAGCGUGUUACCCUCUUCCUCAACCUCGCCAACGAUCCUACCAUCGAACGUAUCAUUACUCCUCGUCUCGCUCUUACCACUGCCGAAUAUUACGCCUACCAACUCGAGAAGCACGUUUUGGUCAUCCUUACCGAUCUUUCUGCUUAUUGUGAUGCUCUCCGAGAAGUUUCAGCCGCUCGAGAAGAAGUUCCCGGUCGUCGUGGAUACCCUGGUUACAUGUACACUGAUUUGUCCACCAUCUACGAACGAGCCGGUCGUGUCGAGGGCCGUAAUGGUUCCAUUACUCAGAUUCCCAUUCUGACCAUGCCUAACGACGAUAUCACCCACCCCAUUCCUGAUUUGACAGGUUACAUUACCGAGGGUCAGGUGUUUAUUGACCGAGCUCUGGACAACCGUGGAAUCUACCCGCCCAUCAACGUUCUGCCUUCGCUGUCCCGUCUGAUGAAGUCUGCCAUUGGUGAGGGCAUGACCCGAAAGGACCACGGUGAUGUUUCCAACCAACUGUACGCCAAGUACGCUAUUGGUCGUGAUGCCGCAGCCAUGAAGGCUGUCGUUGGUGAGGAGGCUUUGUCUGCUGAGGACAAGCUGUCCCUCGAGUUCUUGGAGAAGUUCGAGCGUCAGUUCAUCAGCCAGGGCCAGUACGAAUCUCGAUCUAUUUAUGAGUCUCUGGACCUUGCAUGGAGCCUUCUCCGUAUUUACCCCAAGGAGUUGCUCAACCGUAUUCCCGCCAAGGUUCUUAACGAGUUCUAUCAGCGAGCCGCCAAGGAGUCUAAGGCCAAGGGUAAGGCUCGAGCAGACACUGAGGCCCGAAGCCAGCAGCAGACGGAAGAGAACCUUAUUGACGCAUGA